GCUGGCGUGUUUCUCCUCCCGUUUUGGAAGCGGGAAUCGUUUCGGUGUGGUUAUGAAAGAGGGGGAAGGAAUCCCUUGAGCCAGGUGGGUCAGAGCCCACCGGCUCAACUUACUUUCCCAAAGCUCCACAGCCCCUCUGUGCUGUCUCCCCACUGCGCUCCCUUGGAUCUCUGAGCUCUGGCUUUGCUUUUUUUUUUGCCUCGGUUUUAAGUCAAUUCCACAGGAAUCCCAUAAUAACGGUGCCCGUCUCCGGCAUGAGUCAGUCCCGAGGGAGCGAUCGGUUUGCAGGCAGGAGUCCCACCAGCGUUCCUGGCCCCGGCAGAGCUCACAAGACAGCUGUUUUCCUCUUGUUUUGUCAUGUGGCAGCGGGACGGGGCUCUGGAGCUCCAGCAGGACGAAACAUGAGUUAUAGCAUCUCUCCCAGGGCUGACAAAGCCAUCCCAGCUCUGCCCGGAGCGCGGCGUCACCCGGGUACAUUCCAGGGAGGAAGCCUGGGCUGAGGACUUCUUGCCCAGGUGGAAAAAACUCCUGAAUCUGCGUAAAUGGGGAGAAUACAAAAUCAGUAGUUGGAUCCCGGGUGGCGCAGCAGCACCGGCACCGGAGCGGGAUCCCCAUCCCUGUCCCCAUCCCUGUUCCCACAGAGCUGCCUCAGCAGGCAGCAGCUCCUGGCCGCCAUCCGGCAGAUGCAGCAGCUGCUGAAGGGGCAGGAGACGCGUUUUUCCGAGGGGCUCCGUGUCAUGAGGAGCCGGCUCAGCUCCCUCCACUCCACCCUGGCCAAGGCAGCUCCAGAGGCACCCACCGUCUCCUGUCCUGCCCUCCAAGCCCCCACGGAUGGGAGGAAGUUCGGCACCAAGUACUUGGUGGAGCACGAGGUUCACUUCACCUGCGACCCGGGUUUCCAGCUCCUGGGCUCCAGCACACGGAUGUGCCAGGCCAAUGGCACCUGGAGUGGGCAGGAGCCCCGCUGUGAAGAGAUCAGCGAGUGCUGGAGCAGCCCCUGCCAGAACGGCGGGACGUGCCUGGAGGGGCUCAACCAGUUCAGGUGCCUCUGCCCCCAGCAGUGGACUGGGGCCACCUGCCAGCACCGGGCACAGACGGCUCCUCCCGCCUGGAGCGUGACGGACGAUCCCGCGUUCAGCCGCCAGCCCCGCUGUGCCCAGGUGGCCCAGGCCCAGCAGUGCAGCUGCGAUCCCGGCUUCCACAUGAACGGAACGGCCGCCAACGGGCUCUGCCAGGACCUCAACGAGUGCGAGGUGUUCCAGCGGGACGGGGGUCCCCGGCUCUGUGCCCAUUCCUGCGUCAACCUUCCCGGCUCCUUCCGCUGCUCCUGCCCCUCCGGAUACGUCCUCCUGGGAGACGGCAAGAGCUGCGAAGACAUCGACGAGUGUUCCCUCUCCCAGGAUAACUGCACGGGCGGGAGCACCUGCAUCAACACCGGGGGGGGAUUCCAGUGCGUCACCCCCCAGUGCCCCCCGGCCGUCGGGAACGUCUCCUACGUCAAAACCUCCCCCUUCCAGUGCGAGCGCAACCCCUGCCCGAUGGAGAGCCGGUCGUGCCACCACGCUCCCAAAACCAUCUCCUUCCACUCCCUGCCGCUGCCCUCCCGGCUCGUGGCUCCCACGCCGCUGUUCCGCAUGGCCACGGCGGCGGCUCCCGGCCGGCCGGGCCCCGACAGCCUCCGCUUCGGGAUCGCGGGCGGGAACAGCCGCGGGCACUUCGUGGUGCAGCGCUCGGACCGGCACACCGGGGAGCUCAUCCUGGUGCAGAGCCUGCAGGGCCCCCAGACCGUCCAGGUGGACGUGGACAUGUCCGAGUACCUGGACCGGGUCUUCCAGGCCAAGUACUUGUCCAAAAUCACCCUCUUUGUCUCCGCCUAUGAGUUUUAGGGGAGGCGGCGGCGGCGCUGGCGGCUCCCGGGCCCCCGCUCAGCGUCCUGUCCUGAGGUGCUUCCCAGGUGGAUUGACACCUGCCUGUGUGCAGGAGGAAAACCCAAAUGAGGUGGAAAAGAAGCGGGAAGUGGGGCUCCAUCCUCACCCCCAGCUCAGGAGGGAUGAUGUCCUACAGCCACCUGAUUUCCUUAGGAUUCCUGCUUUUUCCUUUAGGAAGGCAGUGAAGCAGAGCAUGUGGGAGGAGGAAGGCUCCUGGCCUUUCCCGCUCUCCUCCCUGCUGGCCUGGGAUUGCUUGGACCCCGGCUCCCUAAAAACAUGCCUCUGCUUCCCUUUGGAUGCUUAGAAUCUCCCUGGAGCCUGCUGGGGAUUGAGGUCCAUGACCUUUAUCCCCUGGGAUUGAUCAGGGCUGGAAAAGUCCAUGAACAUCCACCUGGCUGGCUCCUGGUGCCCUCCUUGGCAAGCUGGGCAAAGGAGGAAUCCCAGCGCUAUCCCUGCUCCUUAAACCUCCCCAGUGGGAAUCCCCUAUGGAUCUCCCUCGCCGUGACCUCCCGGCUGCGUGUGGAGGUGGGAAUAUUCCCUGCUCCACCAGCCACAGCUUCCAUCCUGGUGUAGGAGCGCUGGGAAGAGCUGGGAUUCGGCUCUUCCCGGGGGGAUUCAUCCCUCUGCUUGUGCAUGUUCUCCUGACAUUCUGCAUGUUCCCACAUUCCGCUGGAUUUAGCACAAUUAAAGAAUGAUAUAAAGGAUGGCACCAGAGUGAAGCAACCAAUGGAUGUGUGGAUGGUGGGAAUGCUCAUCUGGAGCCAUCCAGGAGAGCUCUGGGUCUGGUGGAGCAAGAAUCUGUUAUCCAGAGUUUUACUUUCCUGCCUUACAUUGCUUGGGAGGUGGCUCAUUACCCCUGGAGCAUCCUCAUCCUGAGCAUCCCCAUCCUUGAGCAUCCUUCCCCCCAAGGAAACUUCACCCUGAGCAUCCUUUCCCCCGGGAAUCCUCAUCCCUGAGCAUCCUUUUCCCCCCCAGAAUCCUCACCCUGGAACACCCUCAUCCCUAGGAAUCCUCACCCCUGAGCAUCCUGCUGAGCUGCACCCACCAAAACCCUUCCCAGUCCUUGCCCCACAGAGGGAGAUU